CCUGGCCAAUUUAAAGCUUGUGGAUAUGUUUUCCCCCUCGGGGAGCGCUUAUGUGAGGAUUUUCUUUUUUAACGGUUUGUUCCGUGAAACCAUUUUUUUAUUGUUUGCUGUUAGAAAAUGUUGGAGCUGAACACAAGGCUUUCAUUGCAGAUUUCUAUAAAGAAAACUAAGAAAGGAUGCAGGCAUAUUGUUAAUGUCUCUCUUCAAGCUGUAUUUGAGGUCCCAGUGAAUAGGGUUUGACCCCUUGCUGAGGCAGGACGGAGAGAUGUCAGAGGAGGCCAACUUUUAUAGUGCAUCCAUAGGAAGCGUCUCCACUACAGCCUUUCACCAUGCAGGAGACAGACUGAAGAUGAAGGCAGCUGGCAAAUGUGAAAGCAAUGAAGAGGUGUUCUGAGGUUGACGGUGCUUUUUAUAGCGCGUGCGUUUUCUGGGAAGGACAUAAGAAGGAAGAUAAACAAGAGAUGAUUGUGGCAAGCCGAGAAGUAGCUGUAGCUGGCCAAGAUGUUCCAAAGAGAUCACUGAAAAAAGGUCUUCAGGCUCCAUCAGCCACCAGCUGAUCAAACUGCAGCAGUGUGGUUGUUGCCAUGAGGAUCAGCAGGUGUCCCAUCUGCACUGUAGCUUGGCUUUUGGUCCUGCUGGGUGAACACCAGAGAGAGCUCAAUAUACAAGCAGAGCACGUGUUUUAAGAGAGCUGACAAGCCAGUUCCUGUACAUACAUGCAUCUAAGUAAGAGUACUCCAAAACCAGGGGCCUCUGUGGCACUGCAUGGAUGUAAGAACUGUUGUAGGUGUGGGGUUACCCUCUGCUUUUUGAGAGAUGAUGCUCCGACGAGGAUUUAUUGUAUUUCUUCCCCGGCUCGUAGGUCUGCUGGUGGUGGCCUGCUGCUCUGUGUCUAUUGUUUAUAUGUUGGCUUGCACACCCAAGGGUGAUGACGAGCAGCUUGCCUUGCCUAGGGUCCACAGUCCGACUGGCAAGGAGGGGUAUGAAGCUAUUCUGCAAGAACGAGAAGAGCAGCACCGCAACUACAUCAUCAGCUUGAAAAAACAAAUCGCCCAGCUGAAGGCUGAGCUCCAGGGCAGAAACGAGCAGCUCAAGAACGCGCAGGACCAGUUCCCGGAUUCGUUGAAUAUUCAGCUUGACCACAGCAAUCCAGCGAAGGUCCAGGCUAACUUGCUGGCUUUCCUCCGUUCCCAAAUAGACAAAGCAGAGGUGCACAGUGGCGUUAAGCUGUCCACAGAAUACGCAGCUGUGCCCUUUGAGAGCUUUACCCUGCAGAAGGUGUACCAACUGGAGACAGGGCUGACACGCCACCCAGAAGAGAAACCUGUCAGGAAGGACAAGCGAGAUGAGUUGAUAGAGGUGAUCGAGUUAGCUGUUGGGAGUUUGAACAAUCCAGAGGCGGACAGCAAUGCAAAGCAGCGGGUGUACACAGCCUCUGACUUUGUUGAAGGAAUCUACCGCACAGAAAAAGACAAAGGCACGUUGUACGAGCUGACUUUCAAAGGAGACGCAAAACACCAGUUCAAGAAGAUUGUUUUAUUCCGGCCGUUUGGUCCGGUAAUGAAAGUGAAAAAUGAAAAUGUCAAUAUGGCUGACACGCUUAUUAAUAUCAUUGUCCCACUGGCUAAGAGAGCCAGCAAAUUUCGACAGUUCAUGCAGAAUUUCAGGUGGGCUUCCUUUCAAAUGGAUGGGAGAAUUCACCUCACUGUAGUUUACUUUGGAAAAGAACAAAUGAAUGAAGUCAAAUCUAUACUUGAAAAUACCUCCAAAUCAGCCAACUUCAAGAACUUCACCUUCAUCCAGCUGAAUGAAGAAUUUUCAAGAGGAAAAGGAUUAGACAUUGGUGCUCGAGUUUGGAAAGGAAGCAACGUUGUUCUCUUUUUCUGUGAUGUGGACAUAUACUUCACAGCUGAAUUCCUGAACUCCUGUAGAUUGAACACACAGCCAGGGAAGAAAGUGUUUUAUCCUGUUCUCUUCAGCCAGUAUAACCCCAGUAUAAUUUAUGGCCACCAUGAUUCCAUCCCAUCCUUAGAACAGCAGCUGAUUAUUAAAAAAGAAACUGGAUUUUGGAGAGACUUCGGGUUUGGGAUGACUUGCCAGUACAGAUCUGAUUUCAUCAACAUAGGUGGCUUUGAUCUGGACAUUAAAGGCUGGGGUGGAGAAGAUGUGCAUCUGUACCGCAAAUACCUCCACAGCAACCUUAUUGUGAUCAGAACGCCUGUCAGGGGUCUGUUCCAUCUCUGGCAUGAAAAGCGAUGUCUGGACGAGCUCACCCCAGAGCAGUACAAAAUGUGCAUGCAGUCCAAGGCCAUGAACGAGGCUUCUCAUGGCCAAUUAGGGAUGCUUGUUUUCAGGCAAGAGAUUGAGACUCAUCUACAAAGGCAGAAGCUGAGUAAUAAAAAGACAUGAACCCAGAAAGAAAGACAAAAAGCCUCCAAAUGGACUUUAGAGUGUUUCGGAACAGAGCUGCUAACAAGAAUGAGACUGAAAGAGGAUGAAGCUUCCCGCAGGCUGACGGCAAAGGAAGAUAAGGGAAAGCAUUCGUCCUCCCUUAUUCUAGGUUUUCUUAAUAGUGCUCUUAGCGUACUCCAUUAGCCUGCCUGCCCAGAAGUCACUCCUGGGGAAGGCUUGAACCCUUGAUGAGAUUCAAGGUUAUGGAAACAGUGAACAUUGCAUAAAUGCCAGUGUGAUCUUCACAGUAACAAAUGGAUGUGCUCUGUUCUAUUGAAAUGUUUGUAACGUGUGCAGUUGUUGAAAGGACUGGCCUUUUAAAGGGCCAAUAAUAAGGAGUUAUUUCCUACAUCUAACCUGACAUAUCUAAAAAGGGCUACUUUCAAAUAAGUACAGAGCUCCUGCUCUGAGAAGCAGAGCUCUGAUUGCUAACGAUGGUUAAACUGGAGCGACCAAAAAUCUUUUUCCCUUGGGCGGGAGGGAUCAGGGGGACGGGACAGCCGCAGUGCACUCAUAGGGCAUUCCCAGUUCAUUCGGAGACAAGAGGCAUCUCAGAAAGUGCUUUUUAAAAUUCAGAAAGAGAAGGACGUACCAGUCAAGUGUGAUAUUCCAAAAAAAGCCGGGGAGUAGUGUUCUUUCUCUGAUGUGGACAGUGAACCAAAAGCAAUGAGCCGUGUCUUUAUAUCAGCUGAAUAUGACGGUGUGUCUCUGCUUUAGAAUACUGUAAGUAUCUCAAGAUGUAUUUUUAAAUGAAGUUUGUUUUAUUUGGGAAUUAUUUUGUCAUGCUUCAGAUUUUUCUACUUCUAGCCUUACUAGGAAACAGUACAGCCUUCCAACCCUUGGAAAACGCUCUGCCAAUCUGUUUUUCCUGUGGAUAGGAACCUGGUUCAGAUGAAUGAAGUGAUUUUUCUACAGAACCUGAGUUCUGGAAGGAAGAAGCUUUACUGUUCUGAAGAAAUGGAAAUACAUUUCAACUUGCCGUAUUGAUUUAGCAGGAGACUUUAAACUCUGCAUGCCGGAUACCAAAUGGAUGAACAUUUUGUGACUUUAUACCAAAGUAUUUCUUCUCAACCAAAUCUAGAGUUUUUUCCCAGGGCAUAGGAAGUUUUUUAUAGUUAACAAAAUAAAUUUUUGUGAUUGAUUAUUGGUCCCUGGAAAUGCUCUUAUUAUAAUUAUAGGCACAUCCUAGAAAUUAGUCUCCUUUUCAAUAGAUUUUUUUCAACUGCCUAAUACUGUUGAAAGCAUGAGUUAUUGCUAUUAUAAAGCAUUUUCUCCUAAUGCUGACUGCUGCUUAUCAUUUUAGUAUUUACUAGCCAAAAAAAAUGCAUGGAUUGGGCAAUCCCGUUUGCUUCCCUAAAUGCUGCUUCUCCUCGUGAUCUAUUUGUUUUCUAGCUUCAGAUUAAUUUGAGGCAGUCUGAAAUCAGAUUCUGAUUUGUUUUUUGGCUUGUAAAAGCUGGGGGGAAGAAAUAUGCAAGAUAGCACUGAACAAUGAAUAAAAUGGCAUUUGUCAUGCUGCUGUGCGGUAGGAAGAGUGCUUAUGAACCUCUUUUGAAAGCAUUGUGUGCAGAAGAUGCAGUCACAGAACAUGCUACUAGAUGCUUUUCCUCCUGUCAGACCUGUGCAAGUUCCUGUCACUUUGCUGCAGAACCCAGUUUGGUAAGAGGUGGGAUUGAAUCAAAGAUGGAGAGAGCCAGCCAGUGGUCAGUGACCACCCCAGUAAUCUGCAGGGGAGUCUAAUCACAGCAGAAGUCUGGUAGGGCUGUGGUAGAGCUGUCUUUAAUGUGGAAACUGCACUGAUGAGGGUGGGUAAAAAAGAACAGAAGAAAGGGAGGCUGUCAUUACGCCUCUGUGAGUCUAAGUGGUGCUCUAACAGCUAGAAACAGAUGAAAUGCAGACAGCAUCCAA